AUGGCAGUGGGGUCUACCGUCACCGAGCAGCAGAUGCUCACGGAGGAGAAGAAAGCAAAGGCAGAAAACACCCGAGUCGAGGCCAACCGUCUUGCACAAGCCCGAAAGCGCAAGCGGAAGCAUAACCUCACACCGCACGAAAAGGCACAAAAGGCCAAAGAGCUCGAUGAAUUGCUCCGCAAAAGCAAGAUCUUUAGUGACAUCCUGACCCAAAAGACCAAGGCAUUGGGACGUGUCGGCAGGGACUUUGACAACAAGGCUCUUGCAGACGCGGGUCUAGAGUUGAAACAGCAGCCCAAGAUCAUGAAGAACGGGACCAUGCGAGACUACCAGCUUGAAGGGCUUACAUGGAUGUACGAGAUCUGUUUGCAAGGGAUGAGCGGAAUCCUCGCAGAUGAGAUGGGCUUAGGCAAGACAAUCCAAGUUAUCUCCCUCAUUGCGCUACUCCGGGAGCAGGAGCAAUAUUACGGUCCCCAUCUUGUCAUUGCCCCGUUGAGCACACUCUCAAAUUGGCAAGACGAGUUCCACAAGUGGACCCCAGAGAUCCCAUUUGUCUUAUAUCAUGGCACCCCCGAUGAGCGGCAAGCUCUCUUCAAGAACAAAAUCAUGCGGAACUAUCAAAAGGGACGCCCAAGUGAGAGAUUCCCAGUCGUCUGCACAAGUUAUGAGAUGGUCUUGCGCGACCAUGCCAAUUUGAUGAAAAUCGACUGGGCCUUUAUAGUUGUGGAUGAGGGCCACAGGAUGAAGAACGCAGAUGCAAAGCUCUUCAGGACGCUCCAGCAGUUCAAAUCGGCAACCCGCCUGUUGAUCACCGGCACUCCGCUCCAGAACAACCUCAAAGAGCUCUGGUCGCUACUCCACUUCCUCAUGCCCGACACUUUCAUGGACUGGGAAGCAUUCGAGGUGUGGUUCGACUUUAGCGAUUUGCAGGAUGAACAAGGCACGGAGCAGUUCAUCGAGGACAAGGAGAGCCAAGAUCUAGUCUCGAAAAUCCACAAGGUCUUGCAACCUUUGCUGUUGAGAAGGAUAAAAGCCGACGUUGCACACUGGCUCCCGAAGAAGCGGGAGUAUGUGCUCUUUGCGCCCAUGACGAAGGAGCAGACCGACCUGUACAACGUCAUCAACGACAAGAACACGGACACCAGAAGCUAUCUAGAGAACAAGGUAGUCGAGCGACUCACAGAGACUGCCAACACGCCGCAAGGGUCACGAAAGUCCAGCCGGCAGUCAUCACGAGCGCCCAGUAUCGCGGCCAAAGAGAAGGCAGCUUCUACCCCCGAAAAUGCCUUCGCGAGGAUGAUGAGCAAGAGCAGAGGCCCCGUGCCCAAAAUCGAGCACGGGAAAAUGCCGGCCACGCCGGCCCGAAGCUCGUCAAAGCGCAAAACCUCGCCCGGCAGCGAGGCCUCCGCCCCGAAAAGCACAAAAUCGAGCCGGCAGUCUACACCAGCUACCAGCUCACGAGCUCGUGGACGGUCACGCAAGACAAGGGUCUCUUAUGCAACGAAGGAUGAUUCGGACGACGAUCAAUUGGACGAUGACGAAUUUGAAGCAAAGCUUGCCAAGCAGUUAGAAGCAAAUGAUGACGAUACUGAUUCCAUGGACGAUAGAGACGAUGAGGAGCUGGAGAGAGCGGCAACUCUCGACCUUGCGAAACAACAAAUCGCAGACAAGAAGCUGGGCAACCCUCUGAUGCAGCUGCGUCUCGUGUGCAACAGCCCGCACAACUUCUACAACCCGUGGACAUAUGACACGACGAUCCCCGUGGACGAGAGCAUUGUCAACUCGGCCGGCAAGAUGCUCCUUCUGGACCGGCUCUUGCCCGAGCUGUUCGCGCGCGGCCACAAGGUCCUGAUCUUCUCGCAGUUCAAGACACAGCUCGACAUCCUGCACGACUACUGUUCCGAGCUGCGGCGCUGGAACGUGUGCCGCAUCGACGGCAGCGUGGCCCAGGACGACCGGCGGCAGCAGAUCAAGGACUUCAACGAGGACCCGGAGUUCAAGAUAUUCCUGCUGUCGACGAGAGCAGGUGGGCAGGGCAUCAACCUUGCCAGUGCCGACACGGUCAUUUUGUUCGACAGCGACUGGAACCCACAGCAAGACCUACAAGCCCAGGACCGGUGCCACCGCAUCGGCCAGACCCGGCCCGUCAUCAUCUACCGCCUCGCCACAAAGGGCACCGUGGAGGAAGCGCUCCUCCUCAGCGCCGACGCGAAGCGCCGCCUCGAGAAGCUCGUCAUCAAGAAGGGCGGCUUCCGUACCAUGGGCCAGAAACUCAACGGCAACAACGAUGACAAUGGCGACGGCGAAGGCGGGCUUGACAAGGAGACGCUGAAGGCGCUGCUGCUGAAGGAUGGGGAACUGUACAAGCACUCUGGCGGCGACCGCGUGCUGAGCGACGAGGACAUUGAGGUGCUGUGUGACCGGAGCGAUGAUGCGUACGAGCGCGCGGCCAAGGGCGCGGGCAAUGCCGCGGGAUUCCAGGUCGUCGAGACUGCGGCGGACGGGAUCAAGCAGAUGAACGGGGAGUAG